AUGAGCACAGUUCAGGAACUUGAAUUACUCGUUAAGGACCUGGAUAUCACCACAACAGAAAUUUAUGUAGCCGAUUUUCUCAAUUCUCACUUCUGUGAAUUGGAAGAUUUGGAAAAAUUAGAUUCUAUUCUGAACGAUUUGAAAAAGAAUGAGCAAAUUUUAAACGAAAAAUGCGUCCAACUACAAAACGAGACCUUAAAGCCGCUUCAACAGUCAUUAAAGUUGUUUGAUUCUACAAUCGUUAAACUUGAAGAACUUCAAGCUACGCGUUUGGAGCUGCAAGACACGUUAGCAGAACACUGCGACAAAGUCACUUCGAAGAAUUUAACAAAUUCACAGGGGAAAUCAACGGAUAAUAACGUUACAUUAUUAGAACAACUAGUAAGUUUACAAAAGCAAGUCGACAGCUUAGAGAGGUCCAAGCAGUAUCUCAAAAUUUUGGUUGUUGCAGAAGAGCUAAG